CAACAUCAAGUAGAAACAGAAGGACUAGCCAAAAUGGCUAAAUCACUAGGUUAUCAAGUAUGGGGAUUACCCAAUUAUUUAGUUUAUCACUAUAUUUAAUGAAUUCAAGCAAGUUACACAAUUCUAUGCUUCACAUGGAUUUGUCAUGUCAUUUACACUAUCGGGUAUAAAAAAAAACUUUUUUUGAUUAUAAAGCAGUUUUCUUUUCUUUUAAACGAUGAAAUCAUACACUGUUGAACAAGUAGCUGAACAUAACACUGCCAAAGAUAUUUGGGUCAUUGUCGAUGGAAAAGUAUUUGACCUGACGAACUUUAUCAAUGAUCACCCUGGUGGUAAAAAGAUCCUUUUGAAGAAAGCAGGCAAAGACGCCACCAAGGAAUUCAACACAUUUCACAAUGAUGCUAUCAUGCAGCGUGUGGGUCUUCCUAUGCAAAUUGGUGUGAUUGAACAAUCAAACAAAUCCAAGUUAUAAAAACUUUAUUAUCAAUAAAAUAAGUGUAAGCCAAAACAGGCA